AUGAGACUCUCUUCAAUUGCUUUUGUAGGCCUGCUUUCACGAGCAUGUGAAGCCUGUGUUGCCUGCAAAGUCCUCCCCGAUCUGCCCGAGUCGAUAUCGGGUUCGCCUGAAAAACUCCUUGCCGCUCAACGCGAGGCCACCGCCAUCUGGGCCAAGGCAUACGCGGAAAAGGAUUUGGACACGCUCGUGUCCUACGUUGUUGACCCCUACAUUCAGCACAACCCCCUUGCUCCGUCUGGAAAGGCCAUUGCGGAAGCAGGCAUGCGUCAAGUCUUUGCCACCCCGGGCCUCAUCUACAAUGUCACGCGGGUCAUCUCAGACUUGAAUUACGUGGCCCUCCACGUCCACCGCAUUCAACCGGGUACUCUCGACAAGGCUAUUGUGGACAUCUUCGGACUUAAUGGCACCUGCAUAACGGAGCACUGGGAUGUUCAGCAGACGAUGCUCCCCAACGCAACCAACCCGCUUGCCUACUUUUAA